GUUCCCUUGUAGUAAGGCUUCGACGUCGAAUUCCUCAGGUAAGGUGCCGUGGGUGCGAAGCGUCGGCAAUCGUCAACAGCUGCUGCGGACGCAUCGCCCAUCUGCACGUCCCAAAGCCUUGGCGAACCAUGACAACCGCUCUCAGAUGUUUACCCAGCAAAACAGCCGUCAAAAGCACAUCGAAGACUUCUGAGGAGCCCUCUCAGGGGCGAUCCGGAAACUCGCGGAGCUUGCGGAGUACGGAUACGGAGCACGUGCAAGACCCUCGGUUAUUGAGACCCACAGCGCCAUCGGCGCCGGCGAGUGGAGGAGAGCGGCGGCGGAAGGGGGCCGGACCCCGCUUGAAGACGGACAGCUCAGUGCUGUGUAUGGCAGGGUCCGCAGGGCAAGGUGCUGGCUGUGGGGUGCAUUUCAGAGGCCACUGCAGGGAGCCGCGCGGGUAGCGAAAAGCAGCUGCCAGGCAUCGACAAUGGGAGAUAGAUGACUUGCAAUAUCGAUUCCCGUCGCCGUGA